AAAGAGCAAAGCUGAAAGUCAUAUACAACCAGUACAGUUAAAAUUCUUAGUUUUGAGAACAUUCCUAUUUGAUACAACAGAUUUUUGCAAAAUGGGAAAUAAAUUCUGAAAUUCCAUAAAAGAAGACCUAUUAAAAUAACAGUUUGAUACAUGACAAAAUAAAAGGAAGAUUACAACAGUGCAAAGAUAAGAUCACACAGGGCUCAAUGAUUUUGUCCAACAUCAUAUCAAUAUGAGGUUCAAAAGGGUAAACCCCCCCCCCCUUUUUUUACUAACCCCCACCACUUGAUGUUUCAAAAAAAGUGCUUAUUCAAAGUGUUUUGGGGAACCCAUAUUCCCCCUUCUUAGAGAAAGAGAGGGCAUCAGCAUAAGUAUCUAUGUUCUUUCUUCUCGCGUGGCUCUCUCUCAGCUGCUGCUGACUGCUCCUCCUGCAAACACACUCUGCUCUCUGCCACAAAUCAUAUGGCGAAACCAACACCUUUGUUAAUAGUAAUAGACGCUCCCUUCUUUGGUUUCUUACUACACCUUUACACCCUUUAGUUGAAGACUCAGUUUUUUUUCUUCUUUUUGGGGGCAAAAAAAAAAAAAAACCAAGCUUUGCCAUUGUUAGCCAAUGACUAAAGGUCUCAUUUUUUUCCUUUCAUUGCUUCUUUGCUCACCGUUUUUGUCCCAAGCCGAAACGAACCAAGUUGAGAUCCAAGCCUUAACAUCUUUCAAGCUUAAUCUCUAUGACCCGCUUGGAGCUUUGAACUGGUGGGAUCCAUCAACUCCUGCAGCUCCCUGCGACUGGCAGGGAGUUGCAUGUUCCAACAACCGAGUCACCGAGCUACGUCUACCUCAGCUUCAACUCAGUGGAAGACUCACUGACCGUCUCUCUGACCUCAAGUUCCUCACCAGACUCAGCCUUCGUUCCAACUCCUUCAACGGCACCAUACCUUCUACUCUCUCGCAAUGCAAGCUUCUACGCGCUGUUUUCUUGCAGUACAACUCACUCACCGGGACGCUGCCCUCCGGGUUAAGUAAUCUCACUGAUUUAGCCGUUUUAAAUUUAGCUCAAAACCAUUUAUCGGGUGAAAUCUCAGGAGAUCUCCCACGGAAUAUCAAGUAUCUUGAUCUUUCUUCCAACUCAUUUUCCGGUUCAAUUCCUACUAGCAUCGCUAAUUUAUCACAGCUUCAACUUAUUAACCUCUCGUAUAACCAUUUUUCCGGUCAGAUUCCCGCUACCUUUGGUGAGCUUCAACAGCUUCAGUAUCUCUGGCUUGAUUAUAAUCUUUUACAAGGGACUUUACCUUCUGCUUUAGCCAACUGCUCUUCACUUGUCCAUUUUAGUGCUGAGGGCAAUUUGCUUGGUGGGGUUAUCCCAGCAGCCAUUGGAGCUCUUCCUAAGCUUCAAGUUGUUUCGCUUUCUCAUAACAAUCUGUCAGGAACGGUGCCGGUUUCGUUGUUCUGUAACAUUACUGUUUAUCCGCCUUCCAUUCGGAUUGUUCAACUGGGGUUUAAUUUGUUUACGCAUGUUGUUGGUCCUGAAUCAGAGAAAUGCUAUAGCGUUUUACGGGUUUUGGAUCUUUCCGGGAAUCAGAUUGGUGGGGUAUUUCCUCUAUGGCUUACUCGUCUGACGACAUUAUCGGUGUUGGAUGUUUCUGAUAACUUGUUUUCAGGUGAGAUUCCAGUCCAUGUUGGGAAUUUGUCUAGAUUGGAAGAGCUGAAAAUGGCUAAUAAUUCUUUUACUGGGACGGUUCCCAUUGAGAUUAGGCAAUGUGGUUCAUUGCAUGUUCUUGAUCUUGGAGGAAAUCGUUUUUCUGGUGAUAUUCCUGCUUUUUUAGGUGAUAUGACUGGUUUAAAAGUGCUUUCUCUUGGGGGAAACCUGUUUUCAGGUUCGGUUCCGGGGAGUUUUGGUAAUUUUACGGAGCUUGAAACCUUGAAUUUGGGACAUAAUAACUUGACUGGAAGCUUGCCAGAGGAGAUCAUGGGGUUGAGCAAUUUGAGUACGUUGGACUUAAGUGGGAACAAGUUUUAUGGUGAGAUUCCUGCAAGCAUUGGGAACUUGAGUAGGAUUGCUGUUUUGAAUCUAAGUGCUAACGGGUUUUCAGGGAAGAUGCCGGCAAGUUUCGGCAAUUUGUUCAAGCUAACUACACUUGAUUUAAGCAAGCAGAACCUCUCUGGCAAGUUGCCAAUUGAGCUUUCGGGUUUACCUAAUCUUCAAGUCAUUGCUUUGCAAGAAAAUAUGUUAUCUGGGGAUGUUCCUGAAGGGUUUGGUAGCUUGACGAGUUUGCGUUAUGUGAAUCUUAGUUCCAAUUCAUUUUCCGGUCAGAUACCAGAAACUUUAAGCUUUCUUCAUUCAUUGGUUGUUCUUUCAUUGUCUAAUAAUCACAUAACUGGGGUGAUCCCACCCGAGAUUGGAAACUGCACCGGGCUCGAAGUUCUUGAGCUUGGAUCAAAUUCUUUGACAGGUCACAUUCCUACUGAUUUCUCUCGGCUAUCGCAGUUGAAUUUGCUAGAUUUGGGUGGUAAUAACUUAACAGGACAAAUCCCAGAGGAAAUUUCCAAAUGCUCAUCAUUGACCACUUUGUUACUGGAUGCUAAUCAGCUUUCGGGUAGCAUACCGGAUUCUCUUUCCAAGUUAUCGAAUCUCACCAUGCUUGAUCUUUCUUCUAAUAACUUGAGUGGAGGGAUUCCUUCUAAUCUCGGUCUUAUUUCGGCAUUGAUCUACUUCAAUGUCUCGAGGAAUGACCUAUCAGGGGAGGUUCCAGUUACUCUGGGUUUUAGAUUUGACAAUCCAUCAGUAUUUGCUGAAAACCGCGACUUAUGUGGGAAGCCAUUGGAUCGAGAGUGUGGGGAUGUAAACGAUAAGGGCAAGAGGAAAAGGUUGAUUGUGGUGAUUGUGGUGGUAGUAUGUGCUGCUUGUCUCUUGUUAUUAUGUUGUUGUUUCUAUGUCUUCAGUCUAUUUAGAUGGCGCAAGAAGCUCAAAGCAGCUGCUGGGGAGAAGAAACGGAGCCCUGCAAGGGCAAGUUCAGGAUCAAGUAGGGGCCGUGGCAGCACUGACAAUGGAGGGCCAAAGCUUGUUAUGUUCAAUAACAAGAUCACACUAGCGGAAACGAUUGAAGCAACUAGGCAAUUUGCUGAAGAGAAUGUGCUCAGCAGAAGCCGGUAUGGGUUAGUUUUCAAGGCUUGUUACAAUGACGGAAUGGUGCUUUCUAUUCGUCGCCUACCAGAUGGAUCGCUUGAUGAAAACAUGUUUAGAAAAGAAGCUGAAUUUGUAGGCAAAGUGAAGCACCGAAACUUGACUGUUCUCCGUGGCUACUACGCAGGGCCACCAGACUUAAGGCUGCUGGUAUACGAUUACAUGCCUAAUGGCAACCUUGCAACACUCCUCCAAGAGGCAUCCCACCAAGAUGGUCAUGUCCUAAAUUGGCCAAUGCGCCACCUAAUUGCUCUAGGCAUUGCCCGCGGUUUAGCCUUCCUACACGCAUCCAACAUGGUUCAUGGAGAUGUCAAGCCCCAAAACGUGCUGUUCGAUGCCGAUUUCGAAGCACACUUGUCGGAUUUCGGCUUGGACCGACUCACAAUAACAACCCCAGCCGAAGCUUCCACUUCAACAUCGGUUGGCACAUUGGGUUAUGUAUCCCCAGAGGCUGUUCUAAGAGGGGAAGCCACCAAAGAGUCAGAUGUCUACAGCUUUGGCAUUGUGAUGCUUGAACUACUCACAGGGAAGAGAGCACUUAUGUUCACAGAGGAUGAAGACAUUGUUAAAUGGGUGAAGAAGCAGCUUCAAAGAGGCCAAAUAGCUGAACUUUUAGAACCAGGGUUGCUUGAGCUUGACCCAGAAUCAUCAGAAUGGGAAGAAUUUCUGCUAGGGAUCAAAGUAGGGUUACUUUGCACUGCUCCAGAUCCUCUUGAUCGACCAGCCAUGUCCGAUGUUGUGUUCAUGCUUGAAGGUUGUCGUGUGGGCCCUGAUAUUCCUUCAUCAGCGGAUCCCACCUCUAAACCUUCACCGGCAUAAACACCACCCAAUUCCGAUUUCUCUUUUUUUCGUUACUUUUUCCUGUCUCAUGAAAACUUUUAUCCAUUUUUUCAGUUUCAGAGAGAAAAAUGUAAAAGCAAGGUGAAUUUUCUUUUGUUCAGUUAAAUUCUUCCUACUUUCACAA